UGAAGUGCAGAGUUCCAGACGCGAUGGCAAGAACCAAGCAGACCGCUCGUAAAUCCACCGGUGGUAAAGCGCCGAGGAAGCAGCUCGCCACUAAGGCUGCCCGCAAGAGCGCCCCGGCUACUGGCGGUGUGAAGAAACCUCACCGUUACAGGCCAGGUACCGUGGCUCUGCGUGAAAUCCGCCGUUAUCAGAAGUCCACUGAGCUGCUCAUCCGCAAGCUGCCCUUCCAGCGCCUGGUUAGAGAGAUCGCUCAGGACUUUAAGACCGAUCUGCGCUUCCAGAGUUCUGCCGUCAUGGCUCUGCAGGAGGCCAGUGAGGCUUACCUGGUCGGCCUGUUCGAGGACACCAACCUGUGCGCCAUCCAUGCCAAGAGGGUGACCAUCAUGCCUAAGGACAUCCAGCUGGCCCGCCGUAUUCGCGGAGAGCGUGCUUAAACGAACCCACUCCAUCCA